AUGGACGGUAACUCCUUUGGUCGUUAUCAUCGCAACAACCGUGGAGGUGCAUUUCCAUUCGACCCACAACCUCUCGAAGCAAGCGACGAUUUCUCCGCUCCCUGGCCCGCUCCCGCCAGCGGCAUUGCCGGCGUUUCCCCCGCUUCCGCCUCCGCCGCUGUUUCCAUCUCCCACUUCCUCCCCACUCACUUCAACCCGCCAAAUGCUUCCGCUUUCGGCGCAGUCGCUGGUCCCCCCGCGAACCGUUCUGCUACUGCCGCGCAGCCCUUUAUGAGCAAUGACGCGCAGGUUCCGGUGCCUUCCGCGCCUUACGCGCAUUCUGCGCCUUCCGCGCGUUCCGCGCCUCCUGCGCCUUCCGCGCCUUCCGCGCCGUCGCCGGCAGCUGCGCUUGAGUUCGCGCUGCUUGAAUCGCAGCUGUUGUCCGCAGUGGGGCAGCAAGCGUCGCAGCAAAUGUCGCAGGACGUGUAUGAGCAGUUCGAUCGCCAGGCACCCUUGCAGCGGUCUCGCCUUCAGCCGCAGCAAUUCCAGCAGCAUCAGCAGCAGCAGCAACAGCGGCAGCAAGAACAGCAGCAGCAGCAGCAGCAGCAGCAGCAGAAGCAGCAACAGUUGCUCCAGCAACACAUAUUUCAGCAGCAGCAUCCGCAACAACACUCGCAGCAUCAUCAGCAGCAACAGCGUCAACAGCCGCAGCAGCAGCAGCAGCAGCAGCAGCAGCAGCAGCAGCAGCAGCAGCAGCAGCAGCAGCAGCAGCAGCAGCAGCAGCAGCAGCAGCAGCAGCAGCAGCAGCAGCAGGCGCCAGUAGCGCAUCCAGAGCAAUUGCUUCAGUACAUGGUGCAACAACAGCAAAAUAUUCAAUCAAAGUGGCAGCAGCAGGAGCAGCAGCAGCAGCAACAACAACAACAGCAGCAGCAGCAGCCGCAGCAGCAGCAGGCGCCAGUAGCGUCGGGUCCAGAGCAAUUUCUUCAGUACAUGCGGCAAGAGCAGCAGCAGCAGCAGCAGCAGCACGAAGAGGAAGUGGUGGAGUUGGAAGAGGAGGAAGAGGAGGAGGAAGAGUAUGAGGAAGAGGAGCAGCAGCACGAGCUGCAAGGGUUUGCCAGCGAGGGAUGUCUUAGCUCGGCAGUAGCAGGCUUGGAGCUUGUAGGUUCGGCAGUCGCAGGCUUGGCAGCGGACGGAGCAGACGCUUUUGAUCUGGACGUUGUUGAAGUGGCUCGGGUGGGGGUGGAGGGAGCGGAGGAGGAGAAUGGGGAGAGGCAGAGAAAGGAGAGAGGGGAUGGGCUGGAAGUAGAUGGGGAGGCUGGUGGGGUGUUUGGUGGAAGAGAGAGCAGAAAGAGACGGCUGGUGGACUUACACUUGACGGAAGGAGAGGAGGGAGUUGAGGUCGAUGAAAGGGAGGAGGAGGACGAGGAGGGUGAGGAGGAGGAAGGGAGGGAGGGAGGGUUGGAAAAGAGGAAAAAGGGAGGGAAAACUAAGGAGCGAGAAGGUGAAGGAGAGGGGGGAAUAGAAGGCGAUGCAGUGAAUGGGAGAAACAAUGCCGCCCUGCUUCGCCCAUCCAUCCCCACGACUCCCUCGCCUCUCCUCUGCUCGGAAUCCGAAUUCCAACAUCUCUUAACCUGCAUCAAGAACGCUCCUAACGAGGAUGCCAUUUCCCUCGUGCUCCUGCUCCUACUGGAAGAGCAGCGCGCUGCCAACGAAACCUCCUGCUUCCUGCAGCGCCUAAGAGUGGUUCGCUCGGAGUACCUGCUCCGCCACCACUCCCUCGUUCGCUCCAUCGAGCUCAACCUCCUCCGAGACAUCGCUCACAACGACGCCGUCCAUCAGCGCGAGAUCCAACGGCUGAGACGCGUCUGCAUGGCCGGCAUGUCUGCUGGCGCCACGCUUUCGCAGCAUCAGCCGGGCAGCACCCGGGCAGCUGAAAUUUCUUCCAAGUUCCUGAAGCUGUGCGGGGUGGAUGGUGCUUCUUCUGUGGUACAGCAGCUGGGGAACGGGCAGCUGAUUGGGACUCUCUACACAACACACCUGUGUAUCAACACGCCGCGGUCCAACAUGGUAAAAUACCACAACAGGCAGCUCACUGAGCGUCUUGCUCGGGAAUCUUACUCCCUUUCCACGCAAGCGGUCGUCGAUGCUAACGGGCAGUUUAUCGAUCUUUGCAUCGGGCUGCCCGGCGCGCUUUCUGACGAGCAGGUGUUGCAACAGUCAACCCUCCACCAGAAAGGACAAGCUGGAGAGCUCAAGGGAGCGAAGGUGAUCGGGUUACGGUCGUACCCGCUUCUGGAUUGGCUGCUGGUUCCCUACACCCAAUCAGAGAGCGCCACGUGGUACCAGACGACGUUCAAUGAGUGCAUAGAGAAGGGGACUGCGGUGGGGAAGGACGCUAUUGGCCGGCUGAAGGGACGGUGGCGGAUCCUGCUGAGGCGGGCUGAGGGGAAGCUGCAUGAGCUGCCGCGGUUGGUGGGGGCGUGCUGUGCGCUGCACAACUUUUUGGAGCAGAAGGGAGAGGCGUUUGACCCUGACUGGGCGUAUGAAGCAUUUGAUGACUUUGUGCCCGCCAAGAGAGCCGAUGAGGAGUCCCCUGCUGCCGUGGCGGAGAGGGAUGCGCUGGCCCAGGGUAUGUUCCAGGCUGUGCACGGGUGGGAGGGGGGAAAUUAA